UGAACAGAUAAGUUCGCUCGUGCUACAAACAUAGUGUAGGCUGCAGAUCGUAUAGUGAUAACAUUACUCUCUCGAAUUUGUGGCAGGACAGUAUUAUCACCGGAAUUCUGCGUAAUGGCGAUUUCUAUGUCUAAAAACACGUGUGUUAAAGCGUGAAUAAAAUGAUUGAUUUGUUUGAAAAAAAGUGCUAAGAAUCAACAGUGAGUUGACAAGCGCAGCUCAGGGUGCGCAGAACCGUUUAUUAGCCAUAUAAAGGGAGUAGGAGCAUUCGCGCCCCAUUCGCAAGUCCGACGCCGCUAUCCCCGCCGGUAGCUCGAAAACUUACCCCACAACUUUCCUGCGAACUCAUAUCUGUGGACUUUAGUUUGGAACAAGAUGAAAUUGUUUCUGUACGUCGGUGCCGUGAUGUUGAUGUGCGAUGCGAUCAACGGGUUGUUCUUGCCGGAGUUGGGCCGUGGUCGUCAAAGAACAUCGACGCGAGGCGUUUCCUGGUAUCAGCGGGGAAGGCGGGUUGAAAGGCCUACACACCGAGUAAUAGAUCCUAACGAAGACUGUUUUCUGAUGACAUCCGACGAGGGAGAAAUAUUUUUCAAGUCACCAUCAGACGAGCCAGUUGUGUGCGGCAUUUACAUGAUAGCGGACCCAGAUAAACGUAUCCAAGUUACCUUUAACUACCUGGAUGUGCCCUGCGAGAAUGGAGGAUUGGUUGCAUGGGUUGACGGCUGGGAGUUGAACGGGCAGGUGUGGCCAGCAGACGCCUGGGAUGAUGACCGGGUGGUUGAAACCUGCGACCGCCGCCCGCCGCACAAGCUGGUGGCGCGCCAGAACGCGGCACUGAUCCAGUACCGUGUCCCCGCCAGGGGCAAGGGGUUCGCUAUCACCGUGCGUCAUCUAAAAAAUCCGAGGCCUUGCCACGUUAUGAUGUUCGGAUCCGAGGGAAUCUUCACUCUUCGCAACCACGGCGCCACCGGCAACUGCUCCCUCAUCACCAUAGCCCCGGCCUCGGUGCGGGUGCUGGACCUCAACGUCGGGCAGGCGGUCAAAACCCACUCCCUGUUUGACUUAGAAACCGGGACCAUCAGUCAGUGCAAAAAGCGAGGAUUGCCAGACUUCGUGGACAUCGGUGGCGCUGGGGGGCUUGACCACACCAAGAUGGAAGUCUACGACAGCGUGUGUGGACUCGAUUCCAAAGAAGCACGCCGCCCGCUACUCAUCGCCUGUGAAGACACCGUGGUGCGACUGGUGUCCAGCGGUCGCUUCCACAACUCCGUAACCCUGGCCUUCAACCCUCUCGCUGCCGAGGACAUCGAGCACGCGGAUCUGAUCUGCGGCAUGGACGCCAUGAACGAGGUGCCCGAUAUCUAAACCGAACGACGUGAACCCUGCUUGAGCCGUGGCAUUGUAUUGUUAAAUUACUUACAGUAGCAUUUAGUUUGUUAAGAGUGAAUGUACUAGUAUGUUUUACCUUUAAUUUUUUACAAGCACGUAUUUUAACUAUUAAUCUACCGUCAAACGUGGCAACAUUACAUUUUGUGGAAUCUUUACCACAUAGAAAUAGCUCAUAUUAAGUAACACUUAAUAUUAAUAGCUCAUUUCUAUGAGCUGUUUCAAUUAAGUCAUACCCUAAGGUACAGUUGCCACAGAAGGUAAUGUUGCCACGUUAACGGUACUUAGGUAUUUUAUAUUUAUUGAAAAUUACUUCAUAAGGUAAUUUAAGCCGCAAUUUAGUUGUGAAUUUACACCGACAAUAGUUUUGCAGUAGCACACGCACCACCAUUUCACACUGUCAGUGCCAAGCGCUCCAUUUCCAAAACAAAAUGAACUAAGUAGUGUAAUAAUAUGGGUGUAGACAACUUACUCAAAAAUAGCGUGUUCUUGGCAGUGAAUGUAUUUACUAUCCACUGUUUUACAUUUCCUGUUCCCAGCGUAUCAACGCGCUCUGAAAAACGGGUUCUAAUCACUUCAAUAGAACUUAACAAAAUUAACGCGGCUGGGACAGAAAAGUUUAAACGGCUUAAUUAAUGACUUUACAAUUCAAUGGUCUCAAAAAUGUAAAUUAUCCCUCGUAACGCAACGCGACCCUGUUACUGCAAAACUGGCCAUGUUAUUUAUUUGGUGCUACGGCUCUCAGACUUAGCAAUCCAAACAAAUGUUCUGAUACUAAAAUAUCAAAAUAGGUGAUAUUUGUUUGAGAAAAUGUUUUAAACUUAAAUGUUACAUUUAUAAAGAUAAAUGCUGAAUAAGGAUUACAUUACUGCUAUGAUGUUUUAAAUGAAGUUCUACACGCUGGAUAUUAACUGCAAAGUAUUUUCUAUAGGUACUUUUAUACUAGUCAAUUCUGUUAGAAGUAUAGUCACAUAAUAGCAUCAACCAAGUUAUGUUUAGGUAGUAUGUAUAUCUAUAGUUAAGUGCCAAUUAUCUACGGGUUUUAUUUAUUACUGUAUAAAAUACAGAAAAGGUAUCUUCCUUAGUGAUGUAAUUUUUUGGUGUAUUUUAAUGAAUAAAGCCAAGUUUCGUGUACCUAAUUUAAUCAUGUUUAAAUUGGAACUGUAAGUAGAUUUAAUAGCUAACUGUGUCAGUAUCUCAAUCUAGUCAUGUAAGAGCUAGAAAAUUAUAAAAAUGUACUUACGAAAAUGUGUGCUAGCCAAAUUGUCCAUAAAUAAAAUAAACUUCCUAC